AGGGUCCGUCAGGCUGAGCUGGGGGCUCCGCCUUCCGGGCACCGUGCUCGCGCUCGUGCUCUGGGGAGAGGGUGCGCGCGCACGCGCCUCUCCCCCCCACCCUCGCCCCGCAAACUCCCUGGGUGCUGCGCCCCUCCCCCACGAAACUUGGAAGCUGGGGCUCUUUGGAAGGGACAGUUAGAGGGUGAUGACCAGGUACACUUGAGACGACUUCAGUUCACAUACUUUAAUCCCGCUUCUCGAAUGUUCUUAAUCCUUGGCUAGAGUGUCCGCGCGUUCUGGAGGCAAGAGGGACUGAGAUUACACUGAAGAAUGGAUUCUCUGGACCACAUGCUGACAGACCCAUUGGAGCUAGGACCAUGUGGGGAGGGAAAUGGCACACGGAUCAUGGAGGACUGCAUGCUAGGAGCAACAAGAGUUAGCCUGCCAGAGGAUCUCCUAGAGGAUCCUGAGAUCUUUUUUGAAGUUGUCAGCCUAUCUACGUGGCAGGAGGUUCUGACAGACUCACAGCGAGACCACCUAAAAAAGUUCCUGCCCCAUUUCCCGGAAAACAACCCUGAGCACCAGAACAAGCUCAUCCCAGCUCUGUUCAGCGGAGAGAACUUUCGCUUUGGAAACCCACUGCACAUUGCCCAGAAACUCUUCCGGGAUGGGCACUUUAAUCCUGAAGUUGUGAAAUACCGCCAGCUCUGUUUCAAGUCCCAGUACAAACGCUACCUGAACUCCCAGCAGCAGUACUUCUACCGUCUCCUCAAGCAGAUCCUUGCUUCCCGCAAUCACCUGCUCGAUCUGGCUAGGAAAGGUGGCCCUGAUCUGACCCUUAAGAAAAAAUACCCAUCCCCUCCAUGCGGCCCAGAAGAAAGGGAUAGACGGACACAUCAACGCUACCUGAAGGUCCUGAGGGAGGUGAAGGAGGAAUGUGGAGACACCACCUUAUCCUCCGAUGAAGAAGAUCUAAGUUCCUGGCUUCCAAAUUCUCCAGCACAUUGCCCGAGUCCAGCUCUUCCCCUCAGAGUGAUCCCCACAUUGUCAACUCUGGAUAUGAAAACAGCAGAUAAACUUGAUUUUGGGGAGAAUGACCUGAAGGUGAUGCUGAAGAAGCAUCAUGAGAAACGGAAACGUCAGCCUGACCACCCUGACCUAGUGACAGGGGACCUGACUCUCGAUGACAUCAUGACUCGUGUGAAUGCUGGCCGGAAGGGCUCCUUGGCAGCCUUGUUUGACCUUGCCAUCAUGAAGAAGAAGGUGAAAGAAAAGGAAGAAAAGAAGAAAAAAAAGUUGAAGGUGAUUAAAUCCGAGGUGGAAGAUUUGGCCGACUCCUUUAGCAACGCUGAUGGAAUGCCCCCAGUAUCACAGGACCCAUCCCCCAUUGCUCUGUCAGCUGUUAAAGAAGAACCUCUUGAAGAGAUCAAGCCAUGCCUUGGAGUAAAUGAAAUCUCUUCCAGCUUCUUCUCUCUCCUUCUGGAGAUCCUCCUUCUAGAAGGACCUGCUAGUCUCUCUGUGCUUGAGGAUAAAGUUCUGGAUUGGCAGUCUUCCCCUGCAAGCACUCUGAAUAGCUGGUUCUCCUUUGCCCCUAACUGGUCAGAACUGGUUUUACCUGCUCUGCAAUAUCUGACAGGUGACAGCAGAGAUGUUCCUUCCAGCUUUUCUCCCUUUGUUGAAUUCAAGGAAAAAACUCAGCAGUGGAAAUUACUUGGCUCUUCCCAAGACCACGAGAAGGAACUGGUAGCGCUCUUCCAGCUCUGGUUGGAGACCAAAGACCAGACGUUUUUCAAGGAAAAUGAAGACAGCUCAGACGCCACCACACCGAUUCCCCGGGUAAGGACUGACUAUGUAGUCCGUCCCAGCACUGGGGAGGAGAAACGCGUUUUCCAGGAGCAGGAGCGCUACCGUUACAGCCAGCCCCACAAGGCCUUCACCUUCCGCAUGCAUGGCUUUGAGUCAGUGGUUGGUCCCGUGAAGGGAGUGUUUGACAAGGAGACCUCGCUGAACAAAGCCCGGGAGCAUUCUCUCCUGCGAUCCGACAGGCCUGCAUAUGUCACCAUCUUGUCUCUUGUUCGAGAUGCUGCGGCCCGCCUUCCUAAUGGAGAGGGUACACGUGCUGAAAUCUGUGAGCUGCUGAAAGAUUCCCAGUUCCUGGCUCCCGAUGUCACCAGUGCCCAAGUUAAUACAGUUGUGAGUGGUGCCCUGGACCGGCUACACUAUGAGAAAGAUCCCUGUGUGAAAUACGAUAUCGGACGCAAACUGUGGAUAUACCUGCACCGGGACAGGAGUGAAGAGGAGUUUGAACGGAUUCACCAAGCUCAAGCUGCUGCAGCAAAGGCCAAGAAAGCCCUCCAGCAGAAACCGAAACCUCCAGCCAAGAUAAAGUCUAGUAGCAAGGAGAGUUCAGUGAAAGUGUUCCCCAGCAGCGCUUCAGAGCCAAGCCAGCUGAGCCUCAGUGACUCCAGCAUGCCACCAACCCCUGUGACUCCAGUGACGCCCACCACACCAGCCUUGCCAGCAACACCCAUUUCACCUCCUCCAGUCUCUGUGGUUAGCAAGACUGUUCCAAGUGUUGGACCGGAGCCAGCUAAGCCAAGCCAAAGCGUUCUCUUGGUGUCAUCUCCUCCUAUGCCCCAGCUUGGGACACUGCUCUCCACAGGUCAGAGUGCACAGACGCAGGCUGGGCCCCAGCCGCCUCCCGCCAGGGUGGUAAGCCAUACCGCCGCCUCCUCGGGACUCCCGCAGGUCCGAGUGGUCACUGCGCAGUCCAGCCUCCCACCUGUGUCUCAGCAAACCCCAGUGGUAACACAGCAGCAGCAACCUGCAUCGGUGCCUCAGAUACGUGCUACAGCCACACAAACAAAAGUACCACCGCAGGCUGUUAUGACUGUACCAGUGAAAGCCCAAACCAGCCCUGUGCAGGUGCAACGGCCGGGAGCAUCUGUGACAGGACAGGCAGGUAUCGCUGUGACGGCACUCUCUGCAGCAUCCAGCCCCACUGCAAAGCCAGCAACCAGUUCUCCAGGCAGCUCUGCACCAACCUCCUCCUCUUCCACCACUGUCAUCCAGAACGUAGCUGGCCAGAAUAUCCUUAAGCAGGUGGCUAUCACAGGGCAACUUGGCAUGAAGACCCAGGCUGGAAGUGGCAUCCCACUCACAGCUGCUAAUUUCCGGAUCCAAGGCAAGGACGUGCUGCGCCUGCCUCCCUCUUCCAUCACCACGGAUGCCAAGGGACAGACUGUGCUGCGCAUCACCCCAGACAUGAUGGCCACCCUUGCCAAGUCUCAAGUCACCACAGUCAAAUUGACUCAGGACCUCUUCACAGCCGCUGCCGGAAGCAGCACUAGCGGGAAGGGCAUCUCUGCAACUCUGCACGUGACAUCCAAUCCUGUCCAGUCUGCUGAUUCCCCAGCCAAGACUAGCACAGCCACUUCUGCUUCUCCCAGCCCUGCUGGGACCACAGUUGUUAAAGUGACACCUGACUUAAAGACUGCGGAGUCGACCAGUUCAGCUUUCAGACUGAUGCCUGCUCUGGGCAUGACGAUGGCAGACCAGAAGGGCAAAGCUAUUACUACAGUGGCAUCCACUGAGGCUAAGCCAGCUGCCACCAUAAGAAUUGUGCAAGGGCUCGGGGUGAUGCCACCGAAAGCAGGGCAGACUAUUACUGUAGCCACUCAUACCAAGCAAGGGCCUUCUUCCUCUUCAGUGAGCAUGCCUGGCACAGUUCAUACCUCAGCUGUUUCUUUACCAACCAUGAGUGCCGCGGUGUCCAAGGCAGUUGCUGUGGCCUCUGGGGCAGCUGGCACUCCCAUAACCAUAGGAACAGGAGCCACUGCUGUGCGGCAGGUACCCGUGAGCACCACAGUCGUAUCUACAUCCCAGGCGGGUAAACUGCCAGCUCGAAUCACGGUGCCGCUGUCAAUGAUCAGCCAGCCAGUGAAAGGCAAGAAUGUGGUGACAGCCCCCAUCAUCAAGGGCAACCUUGGGGCCAACAUUAGUGGACUGGGUCGGAAUAUCAUCCUGACUACCAUGCCAGCUGGGACAAAACUGAUUGCUGGGAACAAACCAGUGAGCUUCCUGACAGCCCAACAGCUACAACAGCUGCAGCAACAAGGCCAGGCCACGCAGGUGCGAAUUCAAACAGUAUCAGCCUCCCAUCUCCAGCAGGGAACAGUGUCGGGCUCUACCAAAGCAGUCUCUACUGUUGUUGUGACAACAGCACCAUCUCCGAAACAGACACAGGAUCAACAGUGAACAUCAGUUGUGAAAAGGGAUCACUUUCCAAGAGCUUCCCUGGCCUUAUUAUCCUUCCCCCAUCCAUCACCAGUCAGGGCUUCUUAGGUGCCAACGCAGACCAUCCAGAGAUUGGACUGGAGCCUCACCUGUGCCAAAAGCAAAACAUGGCUUGCCUGGAGCCAGAAUUGUGGUAUCCAGGGAAACC